AUGUCUUCCUCACCUACACCCUCGGAGCGCGAGAAGAAAGACAAGGAAGACCGCACUAGAGAGGCAGAAGAGCAAGCAAAGCUACCGUACAAAUGGACUCAGACAAUACAAGACCUCGACAUCACAAUAUCCGUGGCCUCAAAUCUACGCGGUAAAGACAUCGUGGUAGACAUGACCAAGACGAAGCUGAAAGUUGGGGUGAAGGGCCAGGAGGCUUUCAUUGAUGGUCCCCUCCCCUACGAGAUCCACCCCUCCGAAUCCACCUGGACGCUCGAGCCCACCUCCUCCGGCAAAGACAUCUCCAUCCACCUCGAUAAAGCCAACAAGCAGCAAUGGUGGGCCUCCGUCACCGCCAACGCCCCCUACUUCCUCGACACCUCUAAGAUCCAGCCGGAGAAUAGCAAGCUGGGCGAUCUGGAUGGGGAGACGAGGGGUAUGGUGGAGAAAAUGAUGUAUGAUCAGCGGCAGAAGGAGAUGGGGAAGCCGACGAGUGAGGAGCAGGGGAAGUUGGACAUGUUGGAGAAGUUCAAGAAGAGUCAUCCGGAGAUGGAUUUCUCGAAUGCGAAGAUGGGUUGA